UUAGUAAACUUUCAAUCAAAACUUAACUUCAUUAUUAAUUCAUUAAUUAAUCUCCUUUUUGUUUUCCUUCUAAAAUUACGCUUCUUCUUGUAUGCAAACUUUCAACAAGCACGUCCACAACAUUGAUCUGCAUUUUCAAUUCACCUUCACAACAAACCCAUUCAUCAAACACACUUUCAUUUCAACCGUAACCAUUGCUACCUUACUCCAAUUUUCGGUUCGGUUUUCUUUCUCAUUUUCCCAUUUCAUUAACCGAACCGCUUUUUCUCCCUAUUCCUUCCAUUACCAACAAUUAUAGCUUGAACAUCACACCCACACCCGUUUGUUUAUAAUAACAAAGAAGAAGAUGGGUGAGGGAGAAAAAUUUCAGCUGGGAACUAUUGGUGCAUUGAGUCUAUCUGUGGUGUCAUCAGUGUCAAUUGUGAUUUGUAACAAGGCGUUGAUGAGCACACUGCAUUUCAUUUUUGCUACAACUUUGACAAGCUGGCAUCUUCUUGUUACAUUUUGUUCUCUUCAUGUGGCACUAAAAAUGAGAUUUUUUGAGCACAAGCCUUUUGAGCAGAAAGCUGUGAUGGGAUUUGGAAUUCUAAAUGGAACCUCAAUUGGACUUUUAAAUUUGAGUCUUGGUUUCAAUUCUGUUGGCUUCUAUCAGAUGACUAAGCUGGCAAUAAUUCCAUGUACCAUUCUGCUGGAGAUCCUUUUUCUUGGCAAGAAAUUCAGUAGAAGAAUUCAAUUUUCCCUUGCAAUCCUCCUUUUGGGUGUUGGGAUUGCAACAGUUACUGAUUUGCAACUCAAUGCAUUGGGCUCUUUCCUAUCUUUCCUUGCGGUGAUUACAACAUGCGUUGCUCAGAUUAUGACAAAUACCAUCCAGAAAAAAUACAAGGUGUCUUCUACCCAGCUUCUAUACCAAUCAUGUCCGUAUCAAGCAGCAACCUUGUUGAUAACCGGACCGUACUUAGACAAAGUUCUCACCGACCUAAAUGUUUUUGCUUUCAAGUACACAACACAAGUGACGUUUGUGAUUGUUCUUUCAUGCCUUAUUUCUAUCUCGGUAAAUUUUAGUACAUUUCUUGUAAUCGGAAAGACGUCGCCAGUCACCUACCAGGUUCUUGGACAUCUUAAGACAUGCCUUGUAUUGGCUUUCGGUUACAUUAUUGUCCGUGACCCUUUUAGCUGGAGGAACAUACUGGGGAUUUUGGUAGCCAUGGUUGGGAUGCUUCUAUAUUCAUACUCUUGCAUUCUUGAGAAUCAACAAAAAGCAGCUGAAACUGCAACACAAGCAUCACAUUCACAGGCAAGAGAAGGUGAGUCUGAUCCUCUCAUUAAUGUGGAAACUGGAACUACAGUAUUGAACAAAAGGCCUCCUGUCUGGAACAAGGAAAAAGAUUAGCUCUGUUUGAGCAUUUGCGAUCGUGAUCGCGAGUAAGAACAGUAUAUGGGACUAUAGAGGAGUUAUUAUACCCUUAGUUAGAAAGUUCUCCAGACUUAAAUAUUAAAUACCUACAGGGGUGAAUUGAUUCACUCGGUAAUAUUAGUUUAGCAUUAUGUGCAUUGGUAGCAAUCCAACAAUAUAAUAGUGAGGGAAAGAAAUUCAUGGUAUUGUUAAAGUUUGGGCCAACAAAUUUGGCUCAUUUAGCAAAUACUUGUUGGAUAUUUUUCACAUCGUGUUACAUAUACAUGAACAUUUCAAUUUUGUUUACUUUGAUUAUCAUAUAAACAUUUAGCGAAA